UUUCACUUUUCUAAUGGCACAGCCGUUGUCACAGCCAGGGGAUUCUGGGGGAACUCAACCACUGAGUAGGGGGGUUUCCACUGUAGUGGGGAAGUGGAGCGCAACACAGAGGGAAAUAUUUACAGUGUCAUAUUCCAUCUCUCUGUGUGUGUGUGUGUGUGUGUUCCUGUGGUACACUGGCAGUGCGUGUCACUGUAUUGGUGUGUUUGGUAGCACUGAGCUCAUUGUACACUAGUCCCUCUCACACGUCUGACUAGCUCCUGUUCUACUUAUGCCAGGAGGAAUUUACACAAAGCUUCAUAGCACAAUAUAAAAGCCCUCUGUGUCAGUAUGAAGGUGUUUGAGGUGGGAGACUCGGUGAGUCGGUUCAGGCUGGCUGAGUCGUGUGUGGGGCUGGCAGGGUGUCUCUGUGUGGCCUACUCUGUGUGGACCCCUCGCUGGCUCAAUGACAAGGGACUGUGGACUAAUGGCGACAACAGCACCAACACUGACAUUGACCAGACCAGGGGCAUUAUCUUUAACGCCCUGGAGGCAGAGCAAGUGUUUGGUGUGCUGUCUUUCUUCAUGGCUGUGAGUUCUGGGGCUCUGUGUCUGGUGUUCGCCCUCUGCUGGACGUCCCAGACGGUGCGCUCCUACUCCAACACCCGCUCUCUACUUAUCGCAGGCCAGGCCCUCUACCCCACUGUCCUGCUGCUCCUCGUUUUGGGACCCACAGGAUUUUUCUUCCUGCUCAGCUGGUCCCUCUUCACCUGCCAGCACUGGGUGGAGAUCAACGAUGACUUCACCUGCCUGGGCUCCUCCUAUUGGAUGGGCGCCCUGGGCUGGGCCCUGCUAUUGAUUGCUCUGCCCGUGGUCUUCCUGGUGGAGCAAUGUGUGGUCCCGGACAUCCUGACGGACCUCAUGAAGGCCAGCGAAGGGUGGCGGCGUGCCUCUGAGGUACCGCACGCCAAACACUCGUUCAGCGAAAGCCAUCAACAUUGUCAAGAAGACGAGAGUCAUGAAGACGUAGAGAGAAGGCUGAAGAUGUACAUGUCAGUGCCCUGAGAGGAGGAAUGGAAGACAGAGAAUUAGUGAAGCCUUUUCAGGCUCAGAGACUGAGCUGACAGCAGAACUGGACUGGACUGGACAUACAGCUGAUAGAUGUCCUGUUCACACUAGCAGCACCAGGGAGAGAAGCUUCUCGUGCCUGUCUGGAUCAGAGACUGACUGCUCCCCUGUAGGAGAACGCUCCCAGACACACUCUGAGAAUGUGAUAUUAGACAAAAAUGCCAAUGCUGUGAUAGUGUUCUUGUCAGUCUUUGUUGUUGUUUGUUGCGAAGCAAGGUUUUCCUUCCUUAUAAAGGAAAUAUUUGUUACAGUAGCACCCUCAUGUGGUGAGCAUUACCAAGGUUUGUAUGUUGAAAAAAAGAAGUAUUAAACUAUAAAAUAAAUAAAUGGGGGGUUGUUCAGAUGCAAAGGAACACUUCUUAUAGAAUUUAGAGGAAUUAGGCCUAAUGAUGUAAUAUAUUCACAAAGCGGUACAUUACAGUUAAACUAAUGAACAUUCAAAAUAGGCCUACGUCUCAUUUCAAUCUAAGUGUGACUUUGAAUAUCUUCAUAAGUUAAAUAAGUGUGUAAUACAUUCUUGAAGUUGUACAUUUUUUAAAACUGAUUAAUAAAUUGCCACUGUUAAUGUA